CCGGAAGUGACGCGCCCGGGGUUUGUUGACAGCGGAGGCGGCGGCGGCUGCAGGCUGCGAGCCGUAGGAGCCGGAUCGGGGGAGGGGCCGGGCCCGGGAGCCAGCACCCGGUGGCCCUCAGCCCGACGGGCAAGGUAACGGCCACGGGGUCGCCGCCGUGACCCCCUCCCGCCUGGGGCUCCAGCCCCCGGGAUCCCAGGCUCCGCCCCGCCGACCCCAGUGCUAACCCGGACCCCGGCCGUAGCCUGACGAGAUCCCCGAGCUGAGACGCUCUGGCCCCGGGCUCUCCCGGGCCCCCUCCUGCGCCCCUCCUCGCCCAGGAAGCAUCUCGGCCGCUUCGCGACGCUGAGGGCAGGCCCCAUCCCAGGGCCGCGGUCCUGCCAAUGAUCCUGUGAGUCCAGGGAGUCACUGUUGCCCCUGGGGGCCUUGACCUGGAGAGGCCCAGCCGCCUGCCCCCAGCAUGGCGUCUGACACGCCCGAGUCGCUCAUGGCCCUCUGUACCGACCUCUGCCUGCGCAACCUGGACGGCACCCUGGGCUACCUGCUGGACAAGGAGACCUUGCGCCUACACCCUGACGUCUUCCUGCCCAGCGAGAUCUGUGACCGGCUUGUCAAUGAGUACGUGGAGCUGGUCAACGCCGCCUGCAACUUCGAGCCCCACGAGAGCUUCUUCAGCCUCUUCUCCGACCCCCGCAGCACCCGGCUCACCCGCAUCCACCUCCGCGAGGACCUGGUGCAGGACCAGGACCUGGAAGCCAUCCGCAAGCAGGACCUGGUGGAGCUGUACCUGACCAACUGCGAGAAGCUGUCGGCCAAGAGCCUGCAGACGCUGCGCAGCUUCAGCCACACCCUGGUGUCCCUGAGCCUCUUCGGCUGCGCGAACAUUUUCUACGAGGAGGAGAACCCGGGGGGCUGCGAGGACGAGUGCCUCGUGAACCCCACCUGCCAGGUGCUGGUCAAGGACUUCACCUUCGAGGGCUUCAGCCGCCUGCGCUUCCUCAACCUGGGCCGCAUGAUCGACGGGGUCCCCGUGGAGUCCUGCUGCGGCCCGCUCAGCUCGCUGGCCGCCCUGGACCUCUCGGGCAUCCAGACGAGCGACGCCGCCUUCCUGACCCAGUGGAAGGACAGCCUGGUGUCCCUCGUGCUCUACAACAUGGACCUGUCGGACGACCACAUCCGGGUCAUCGUCCAGCUGCACAAGCUGCGACACCUGGACAUCUCCCGAGACCGCCUCUCCAGCUACUACAAGUUCAAGCUGACUCGGAAGGUGCUGAGUCUCUUUGUGCAGAAGCUGGGGAACCUGAUGUCCCUGGACAUCUCUGGCCACAUGAUCCUGGAGAACUGCAGCAUCUCCAAGAUGGACGAGGAGGCCGGGCAGACCAGCGUCGAGCCGUCCAAGAGCAGCAUCACGCCGUUCCGGGCCCUGAAGAGGCCGCUGCAGUUCCUCGGGCUCUUCGAGACCUCCCUCUGCCGCCUCACGCACAUUCCCGCCUAUAAGGUGAGCGGGGACAAAAACGAGGAGCAGGUGCUGAACGCCAUCGAGGCCUACACGGAGCACCGGCCCGAGAUCACGUCGCGGGCCAUCAAUCUGCUCUUCGACAUCGCGCGGAUCGAGCGCUGCAACCAGCUCCUGCGGGCCCUAAAGCUGGUCAUCACAGCCCUCAAGUGCCACAAGUAUGACAAGAACAUCCAGGUGACAGGCAGCGCCGCCCUCUUCUACCUGACCAACUCCGAGUACCGCGCCGAGCAGAGCGUCCGGCUGCGCCGGCAGGUCAUCCAGGUGGUGCUGAAUGGCAUGGAGUCCUACCAGGAGGUGACGGUGCAGAGGAACUGCUGCCUCACCCUGUGCAACUUCAGCAUCCCCGAGGAGCUGGAGUUCCAGUACCGCCGCGUCAACGAGCUGCUGCUCGGCAUCCUCAGCCCCAGCCGCCAGGACGAGUCCAUCCAGCGCAUCGCCGUGCACCUGUGCAACGCCCUGGUGUGCCAGGUGGACAACGACCACAAGGAGGCCGUGGGCAAGAUGGGCUUCGUGGUGACCAUGCUGAAGCUGAUCCAGAAGAAGCUGCUGGACAAGAUCUGUGACCAGGUGAUGGAGUUCUCCUGGAGUGCCCUGUGGAACAUCACGGACGAGACGCCCGACAACUGUGAGAUGUUCCUCAACUUCAACGGCAUGCGGCUCUUCCUCGACUGCUUGAAGGAAUUCCCAGAGAAGCAGGAGCUGCAUCGGAACAUGCUGGGGCCUGGGAACGUGGCAGAGGUGAAGGAGCUGCGGCCGCAGCUGAUGACGUCCCAGUUCAUCAGUGUCUUCAGCAACCUGCUGGAGAGCAAGGCUGAUGGCAUCGAGGUCUCCUACAAUGCCUGCGGCGUCCUCUCCACCAUGUUCGACGGGCCCGAGGCCUGGGUCUGUGAACCCCGGCGGGCGGAGGUGGAGGAGCGCAUGUGGGCAGCCAUCCAGAGCUGGGACAUAAACUCACGGAGGAACAUCAACUACAGGUGCGCGGCGGGCGGGCGCUGCAGGGGCGCGCCCCUCGAGGCCUCUGCUGGGUUUCCGUUCUCAGCCAUGGAG